CCGGGGCUCACGCCCCACCUUUGCCACGAUGUAGGGCGGAGUGGGGGGACGGCAGCCCCCGCGGGCGGCCUCUCCUCCCCUCCCCUCUGGCCCGGCCCGGUUCGCUCCGGCGUGUUAACCCCGGCGGCUCCGAGGCGGAGUGGCUCCCUCCCCACAGCCCUCCUUCCUCCGCCGGUGGAAACCAGACACCGGGGCGGCCCCGCGCAGCGCUUGUGGGGAGCGGCGCCUGGGUCCGAGAGGCCGCUCUGCCGCUGCCCCGCCGCCCGGCCAUGCCGCGGCCCGGCUAGGGCUCGGCGGUCGCGGCGCCCCGCUCGGAGCUCCCCGCCCGCACCAUGCCAUGUGCCGUGUGGAGCCGGGCGGCGCACGUCUCCUUCUGGCUGCUCGUCCUUCACGCCCAAGCGCCCUGUCUGGCCAGGACCCCGCCGGCCGGAGACUCCCUCUUCCCCGACGGAAGGCAAGAGCAAUUUAUCAAGACAUUGCAAGAAUACCACGUGGUCAAUCCAGCAAGAGUAGAUGCAAGCGGGAAUUUUCUUUCUCUUAAUUUACACCAUCACAUCUCAAACACGAGGAAGAAGAGAGAUCUCAGCAAAAAGGAAAAUGUCAUAUAUUACAAAAUUAACUACAAGGAGAAGGAUCUGUUUUUUAACUUGACUGUCCACAUGGGAUUUCUUUCCCGUAACUAUGUAGUAGAACGGAGGCGUGGCAACUACACUAGUGCGAAGAUUGCAACUGGCUUGGGAGUUCCUUGCCACUUCAUUGGCACGGUGUUGCAUCCAGGUUCUGGGAGUGGGACAGCAGCGAUCAGCGCUUGCAAUGGCCUGACUGGAUAUUUCCAUCUGCCCCAUGGGGAUUACUUCAUUGAGCCCAUUAAAAAGCAUCCACAGAAGGAGGGAACACCCCAUCCCCAUGUUAUCUAUGGGGCGAAUAUCCUUCAAAAUGCUUUAAGGAGAAGACGAGCAAUCCUGAUGGAAAAAGAAAAAGCAUGUGGAUUGAAUGAUACCCUCAGCUUUUUCGAAGAGCAGCAGCAUCGGAGGGAGAAAUGGGAACAAAAUCAUAUGGCUGUCAGAAAGGUUUCUCGGCGCUCUGUCAGCAAAGAGAGAUGGGUGGAGACACUUGUGGUUGCAGACAGUAAGAUGGUUGAAUAUCAUGGAAGUGACCAUGUGGAAUCAUAUAUCCUCACUAUAAUGAAUAUGGUCACAGGGUUGUUCCAUGAUCCAAGCAUUGGCAAUGCAAUUCACAUUGUGCUGGUCCGGCUCAUCCUCUUUGAGGAGGAGGAGCAAGGCUUGAAGAUAGUUCAUCACGCUGAUAAGACACUGGCCAGCUUCUGCAAAUGGCAGAAGAGUGUCAAUCCCAAGAGUGACGUUAACCCAACGCACCAUGAUGUGGCCGUCCUCCUAACCAGAAAGGACAUUUGUGCUGGCAUGAAUCGUCCAUGUGAAACCUUAGGUUUGUCUCACCUGUCAGGCAUGUGUCAACCUCACAGAAGCUGUAACAUCAAUGAAGAUUCUGGCCUUCCAUUGGCUUUCACUAUUGCUCAUGAACUUGGACACAGUUUUGGUAUCCAGCAUGAUGGAAAAGAAAAUGACUGUGAACCUGUUGGAAAACGCCCAUAUAUUAUGUCCCGACAGUUGCAAUACGAUCCUACUCCACUCACCUGGUCCCAGUGCAGCAAGGAAUACAUCACACGUUUCCUAGACCGUGGGUGGGGAUACUGUCUGGAUGAUAUCCCCCAAAAAGAAGUGUUAAAGUCCCCUAUCAUUGCUCCUGGGGUGAUCUAUGAUGUGCAUCACCAGUGCCAGCUUCAGUAUGGUUCCAAUGCUACUUUCUGUGAAGAUGUGGAUAACCUUUGCCAAACGCUGUGGUGCUCAGUGAAAGGCUCCUGCCGCUCCAAACUGGAUGCAGCUGCAGAUGGAACGCAGUGUGGAGAAGACAAGUGGUGCUUCUCUGGUGAGUGCAUCACAGUAGGCAAGACUCCUGAAGCAGUCCAUGGUGGAUGGGGCGUUUGGUCGUCCUGGUCCCAUUGUACGAGGACAUGUGGGGCAGGAGUUCAGAGCGCAGAGAGACCAUGUGAUAACCCAGAACCACAGUUUGGAGGAGACUACUGCACUGGAGAAAGAAAACGCUAUCGUAUGUGUAACAUUAGCCCCUGUCGCAAAGGCUUGCCAACCUUUCGUCAGAUGCAGUGCAGUGAAUUUGACACAGUUCCCUACCAGAAUGAAUUCUACCACUGGGUUCCCCUUUACAACACAGCAAACCCCUGUGAGCUCCACUGUCGCCCAAUAAAUGGCCAUUUUUCAGAGAAGAUGCUUGAUGCCGUUACUGAUGGUACUCCUUGCUUUGAAGGAAGGCACAGCCGAGAUAUCUGUAUUAAUGGCAUGUGUAAGACUGUUGGCUGUGAUUAUGAGAUAAAUUCCAACGCAACUGAAGACCAGUGUGGAGUUUGCCUGGGAGAUGGCUCUGCUUGUCGUACAGUGAAGAUGAUAUUUAAUCAAAGUGAAGGAUUUGGAUACGUUGAUAUUGGGCUAAUUCCAAAAGGUGCGAGGGGAAUCAAAGUCAUGGAAGUUGCAGAAGCAGGAAAUUUCCUUGCUGUGCGAAGUAAAGACCCAGAAAAAUAUUACCUGAAUGGAGGCUUUAUCAUCCAGUGGAACGGAGAAUACAAAGUGGCAGGAACGAUAUUUCAGUAUGACAGAACAGGGGAUCUAGAAAAUCUGACUGCUCCAGGACCCACCAAUGAAUCAAUAUGGAUUCAGCUACUUUUUCAAGAAACUAACCCUGGAAUCAAGUAUGAAUAUACUGUACGUAAAGAAGAAAGUCAUGAGAAUGAGAUUGGAGAGCCAGAAUAUUUUUGGCAGUAUGGAGACUGGACAGUCUGCAGUGUUACCUGUGGAAGAGGGGUGCGGCGCCAGAUUGCCCACUGCAUGCGGAAGGGGAGUGGAAUGAUCAAAAACUCCUUCUGUGAUCCAGCAACGCAGCCAAAAGGGCGACAAAAGAAAUGCUACGAAAAGGACUGUCCGCCUAGGUGGUGGGCAGGAGAAUGGCAGAAAUGUUCAACUACCUGUGGCCCGACAGGCCAGAAGAAGCGAACUGUACUUUGCAUCCAGACGGUGGGAUCUGAUGAGCAGGCGCUGGCAGCCACGGAUUGCCAGCACCUGCUCAAACCAAAGACGCAUCUGUCAUGCAACAGAGAUGUCUUGUGCCCAUCUGACUGGACAGUGAGCAACUGGACUGAGUGCACAGUUACUUGUGGUGGUGGAAUAAGGACUCGUAAUGUCACUUGUGCCAAAAAUAACGAUGAGCCAUGUGAUACUUCCAAGAGACCGAACUCUAAGGCCCUGUGUGGUCUGCAGCAAUGUCCUUCUGCUGGAAGAUUUCUGAUACCCCCACUGGUACCCAGAAGAGGAAAGAUCAUAAUUAGAAAAACAACCCCUAAUCCUGAACAGAGUCCAUCUCACAGAAUAUCCACACCAAGCCCAAGGUCCCAUACAACAACAAAAAUACCCAUGUCUGAAAGCAUAACUCCCUGUUUGACUACAUCAUCUGGUUUGGGCAAUGUCUCAGAAAAAGAAGGAACAGCCAACAAAACAUUACAAAACAAUUUUGCUGGACCAAGUGAUGUUUACAAUUAUCCAGUUGUUUCUACUGAAAAUAUUUCACACCAAAAUACUACUUCACGGCCUUUUCGUAAUAGCUUAAGUACUGAAAUUAUAAGGCAUGCUGAAAAUAUGUCUGAAAGUGAGCUAGUUUCUACUGUAGAGAAUGAGGUGCAAAGAAGUGAGGACACUCCUGUCUCCUCUUUCACCAGUAGUCCAGAAAUAACUUCCAGCUAUGAUUACUUAACUGAAGAAUCUGAUGACAUUGAUGGGUCAGUGGGAAGCAGUGAGAAAUCAGUUGAUCUCCUUUACAGCACAGAACUCAGUCCUGAAGUUAGAACCAGGAGCACAACCCCAGAUACCAGCUCUCCUGUCCUUCAAAAUGAGAGCAUGACUUCUCGGCCCUCCCUAGCAUCUCAUCACCAUGGCCCUUCUACACUCCUUCCUCCUAGCAGAGGAGCACAAGGGUUGGCAUUUCCAACAACAGCAAACUUUAUCAGUCUGCAAGUCAAUGCACCUGUUGUAGAAGUAACUACACCACAAGCAUCCGUCGCAGUAAUGCCCACUGUGUUUGCUCCUGUACCAAGAGACCAGACCAACAACAGAAGAGAAAUUAAGCUACUUGACACCAUCACCUCCAGCACACAAUUGAACACUCUCAAGCAUCCUCUCAGAAACCAAAGUGCAAGAUCUGGGGGUGUUUUCUUGAACAUCACAGAAAACAGCCACCUCAUAACAUCCAACAGUUUGCCUGGUGAUGCCUACUGGAUAGUAGGCAACUGGAGUGAGUGCUCUACCACCUGUGGAAUGGGGGCUUUCUGGAGACACGUGGAGUGCAGCAGUGGAAACACAUCUCACUGUCAGCGCAAGAAAAAGCCUGAUACUGCAAGAAAAUGCUAUCUCCGCCCAUGCGCUAGCUGGAAAACAGGAAAUUGGAGCAAGUGCUCUGCUAACUGCAACGGCGGCUUCAAGACCCGAGAUGUUCACUGCAUUGAUGUUCGUGAAAAGCGACUUCUCAGGCCUUUUCAUUGCCAGCUGCUUGGAUAUAAACCACAAGUCAACACGAGCUGUAACAUGGAGCCUUGCCUUCAGUGGCAUGUGGAGCCCUGGAAUGAGUGCACCGUUUCUUGUGGAGGGGGCAUUCAGCAAAGAGCUACAAAGUGCAUGAAUAUAGAAACUAAUGAAACUGAAGAUGACAGUAUGUGUGUGGAUAAGCCCAAGCCCACAGAGCAUCAGAAGUGCAAUCUUCAAGAAUGCAGGAAAAGCACAGGACUGCCCUGCAGCAAAGACCAGCUGUCAGUUCACUUCUGCCAGAGGCUGAAAGGCAUCGGCAAGUGCUUGCUGCCAUCCGUACAGACUCAGUGUUGCUUCACCUGUAGCCAGCCCCGAAUUCGUAACAAAGCAAGAUAUUGGGAUCACCGAGGCCUCAAACAACAGAAUUACACUAAGUCUAGAAGAAAAUCACCUCAAAACCAAGGAAACAACAACCAAGCUGCUCGGCACUAGCUGUUUUAUCUAGGUGCUUUGAGUAGGGCUUCUUUUUACAGGUUUUACGUUUCUUCUUUUUCUUAUGAACCAUCCAACAUAAAUGAAAAUCUGUGAUCAAAACUGGGGAAACACAUCCCUUAGGGUUAUCAGUCCUAAUUUACUGUUUCAAAUUUUUGUCUGUAAUAGUCCAACGUUUGUAAUAUAAUUUGCAAUGUACCAGCAGCUAGUACUUCUUAGGCAUGCAUAGGGGAUAGAAACAAGCUUGCAAGAAUUUUUGUAUUUUUUUUAAAUUAAUGUUUUACUUGUUCUUUCUUCCAUCUCUUUUCCGAAACCCACUUGAAACAUGAGCACCACUAAGAUUCAAGAGCUCCGAGUGAAGGUGGCUCACAGGGCAGCUGAAACAGACCUGAGCUGUGGGCCAGAUCCCUCUAUGUUCUCUCACUUCUCUAGUUUUAGGAAUCAAAGUGAAGUGGCAGUGUUUCUCUAAAUCAUUUGCUAAUUUCAUAAAUUUAAAAGCAUAGUUUUAUAAUAACUGAUUACAAUAUGCAAGCCAAAUUGAAACUUUGGAUUUUUCAAAUGAAAAUAUGUUUAGUACUUGACUGAACCUCUAAAGGAUACCUCAACAAUAGCCUGUCCUGAUCGGUUUUCUCCUGCUGCAAAUGUCUUCCUCUAACCCAAAAUACACACCAAAUCUGGAAUAUUAAAUUCCCACGUAAGUUUUAAGCAACAUUUCUUGGUACCAUGAAAGCAAAGCUGCAUGUACCACCUUCAGUGACAGAGCUUUCAUUUAAUCCAGUAUCUCCUAGUAGAGUGUAAGCCCACAUCCACACUCUAUCACCUCACUCACAGCAAACUUUUCUCCAUGAAAAUCCUUGAUCACAAUGACGUGACGGCGCCUGGGAAUGGAGCCUGAGACCCAGAGUAUCUGCAUAGCUCCAGGCCUCAGGCAUUAGGACAGCACUAGCCAAACAGCGUAUCUGUUUUGCUAUUGCAGAAAAUGGCAGGGUAAACUUUAGGGAGACCAGACUGGACCCUUGGAAGAAAAACUGGGCAUUUUCAAAAGAGCUGGAUGGAGUCUGACAUUUACAUCCCUUUGAAAUUCAGUAGGAGUUGGACACCUUGGUUCUUCAUGCUCUUUUGAAAGUCUCAGAUUUACUCCCUAGCUACCUGACAAUUUGAGAUUGUAAUACAGGGAAAUGUCACAUUUUAUGCAAUGUGGAGUGGAGAUGCAUAGCCAUGAAUCCAAGUGUCACUGUGGUUACAGAGCUGAGACUAGCAAUAGCCCUCUUUCUAGACAGAUCUUUCUGAAAGUUAAUAGAAUGUUUGGGUCUGGCUAUAAUGUAUUAACCUAAUGAAGGCCACAAGCCUCAUUGUCCUUUUUCAUAGGUUUGCGACCUUUGGCUAAGGUCUCACUUCUUCACUUGAAGUCUCUGGGAGUUCAGGAUAUGCAGCAUGGUAAGGUUAGAUUCAUUAACCUCAGUGAUGGCAGUAUAACCCCAGUUAUAGGUGCUGAUAAAACUUAAAAUCCACUGUUAAAAAUAUGGUGCUAGUAUAACAGAUGUAGGGGAUAACUUCCAAUGGUGCAUAUGCAUGCAUUUGUGUAUAUAGCAUACAUGCACAUAGUCUUAAAAUAAUACAUGUCUAUGGUGUUGCUGGCCAAUGCCAGACAUAAUGCCUGUCAAGUUUCAUAGUGUGCUUAUGUCCUUCUGAGGUCCUGAAUGUCUACUGACCCUUUGAACAAUAGAAAUCUGGGCAGUUCUUUUUCACUGGACACAGAAAUAUUGACUCAUGUGAAGGAGUGGAGGUGUCCCAGCUGAUUCAGGAAGCAUUCUCUCCUGUUCUCAGAAGUACCUGCAGCAUUUUACCUGCAGAGGUCAGCAGAAGUGGACCAUCAGGUGUGUGAGCUAAUAAGAAAGGAGCUGACUGAGUAGAUAUAGUGCAGGUGGGAGCAAAAGCACUUGGAGGGGGUUGUCUCUUCCAGUGUUCAUUAUGGCUAGUGUGGAGUAAAACCAUUUCUGGCUUCAUUGUUUUCUUCAGGGAGCUGUGAUUUCUUAUGAAAUGGAUAAAAGUGAAUAAAUUAUAUUAUGGACAUUAAACAAAAUAAUCUUUUUACCCAGGGAAGCACAGUCAUCACUGUUACUCAGCUUAAAAGUUUAGGGAAAAGAUUGUGACAACAGUUUUAAGAAAGCAGUGCCACUGCUGUAUUUACAUAGGUUCUUAGAUCGCACUCAUCAGCCUAAUAUCUCCUCUAUGUUAACAAUAUGUGCAGUAAUCUCUCCCAUCGAUUUGGCAAGAUUUCUUACUUAUGACAUAACUCUUUAAGUAAAGGUGGCUCUAUGAUCCUAGCCCAGAUGGUCACUGUUCUCAAAACUGAAUAGAGUAUUAAGUGCAGAGAUACCAUUAUAUUAUCAUAUUAGCCUGAGAUACGUCAGCUUCAACAGGUUGCUCAGGAAAAAAUGUGUAUUUGGCACAUUCACUGCUUGUUCUAACAUUUCAAGCUUUAAAAAGUAAACUAUGAUGACAUACUUGUUUCAAGCUUCAAUAAAUGGCAUUGCUUAUG